AUGGCUCCGCCCGCGAAGCGCCGCCGGCGGAAUGCCGUUGACGCUUCAGACGAUGAAGACGAACCGCCCCGUGCAAACACCCUGACCAAGUUUCUGAUUACUUCACCGAGCUCCUCUACCAAAAGCCGCGUCGCUACAGCUUCACCGAGCCCGACAAAACCUAAGAUCGUCGAUAACAAGCCAACCAAGAAUGCUCCACUCCGGCUGCCUCGUCGAGCGCAAGCGAAGAGCAAUAGCACGAGUCCAAGCGCGAAGCGUUCCAAGGAUGUUGGCAAAGCAGCAGAUACUGGAAGAACAGCUGAUUUGAAGACGCUAUUUUCGAACCAGGUACAAAGGGCUGCGUGGUCGAGCGCUGGAGACAGGCGAUCCGUCCCCCUCGAAGAUAUUAUCAGUGAUCCUAUCUCAGAGGAUGAUGAGAUCUCGGAACAUAAAGCAAGCUCUGCAAGCUUAGUUGGCCAACAUGCUAAGAAGAGACUACGAAACGACUCGCAAUCGUCGUUGUCUAGUGCACCCAGCGCCAGCCAAAAGUUCAUCAAACCACCCAAGCCCGUACCUAUACCCAGGCCAAACGACGAUGCACGCCCUUGGUCAGAACGAUUUGGACCUCGAAAUCUGGAGGAAUUAGCAGUUCACAAGAAAAAAGUCUCCGAUGUGAGGAGAUGGUUGGAGGAUGUGAUAUCUGGGCGCAUGCGCCAGCGUCUACUUAUUCUCAAGGGUGCUGCUGGCUCCGGGAAGACAACGACUCUGCGACUUCUGGCAAACGACAUGGGCAGUGAGCUUCUUGAAUGGCGAAAUCCUGCGGGAAGCUCUGGACUGGGGUUCGUUUCAGCAUCUGCGCAGUUUCAAGAGUUUCUUGGUCGUGGUGGUAAAUUUGGAGCAUUAGAGACCGAUGCUCCGGUGUCAUCGACCCAGAACAGCUCUCAGAUCGCCCGAAAGAAUGAUCUGAAACGAGUUAUCCUCAUCGAGGAAUUUCCCAACACAUUUUCAAGAUCUUCAACAGCUUUAACAUCCUUCCGGAGCACCGUUUUACAGUAUCUUGCUAAUAGUACACCCUCUUUAUCCAUGUUUGCGAAGCCCUCACAGCAUGAGCCCAUAACACCGGUGGUCAUGGUCAUUUCAGAAACUCAUCUGACUACGACUUCUGCAUCAGCGGACAGUUUUACUGCCCAUCGACUUUUGGGGCCGGAAAUCCUACAACAUCCAGGGGUCGGUAUGAUUGAGUUCAAUGCCAUCGCCCCGUCAUUACUCCUAAAGGCACUCGAGCUCGUUGUCCAGAAAGAGGCCAGAAAAUCUGGUCGCAGGAAAACACCAGGCCCCCAAGUUCUAAAACGCCUUGGCGAAAUUGGAGACAUCAGAAACGCCGUGUCAUCCCUCGAGUUCCUGUGUCUGAAAGGUGACCAGCAAGGGGAUUGGGGCAACAAAGUCGUGCUCACAAAGCAGACCAAGGGCGCGAAAGAUGCUAUCAAGCUCACACAAGGCGAAGAGGAGAGUCUGGAACAAGUAUCUCAACGUGAAGCGAGUCUAGGUAUUUUCCACGCUGUUGGAAAGGUUGUCUACAACAAACGAGAUGAGCUUCCUCCGCCAGGCGGUGACAAUGUUGAGAAUCUUCCAAGCUUCCUUUCGCAUUUCUCGAGACCGAAACGCUCACAAGUGUCUGUUGAUACGCUCAUCGAUGAGACAGGCACAGAUACGCAUACUUUUGUUUCAGCAUUACAUGAAAAUUAUGUUCUAUCCUGCGAGAGCACAGAUCCUGUGGACUUGUCAACGCCAAUGGACUACGUUAAUGACUGUAUCGAGUAUCUGUCACAAGCAGAUCUCCUCUCACCAUCAAGAGAUAUCUUUUUCGGCGGCAGAGGUGGCUUUUCAGGUCUAGACUCUGGCAGCCAUGUGCUACGGCAGGACGAAAUAACUUUCCAGGUAGCUGUCAGGGGCAUGUUAUUCUCACUUCCUAACCCUGUUAAGCGCAAAUCAUCAACCAUGUCCAAGGGCAGCGACGCCUUCAAGAUGUUCUACCCAACGAGUCUGAAACUCUGGCGUGCCAAGGAAGAGCUAGAAGGGUUUGUGGAUGUGUGGUCUACAAAACUACUUAAAGGCGACGAUGGAGCAACGAAAAAUCUCACCGAUGGAGCCACCGCGUUUCGUCGCCCUCAGCAAUCCUCGAACGAGACUUCUUGGAUGCAGCGUAAGCAGCUAAAUCGUCAAGCCAUGGUAAAGCAGCAGCAGCAAGAAGACGAUCCUGAUAGUGCGCCGCUUCUCUCACUUGGCAGCGCAGCCCGACGCGAGAUGCUCCUUGAGCGUCUCCCAUAUAUGGCGCACAUAGCUCGUGCUCGAAAAACACCAAGCUUCCGUUUGCGCGAACUUGAGAAGGUGGUUGCCUUCAAGGGCAUUAAUGCUGCCGAUGAAGAGUCUGACGCAGAUGACGACAUGCAGCCGGGAGAGGCUUGGGCAACAGAUAGGCCAUCAGAGGAAAUGAGUCCCCGGAAGAAAAGUGCAGGUAUAAAGGAAGGAAAUGUGUCGGGUCUUCUCGCUCAGAAAUUGGUGCUGAGUGAUGAUGACAUUGAGGAUUAA